CUAGUCUUCAAAUAUAGCGUCCUAUAAACAUUUGUUUUCCUCUUAAUUCUUUCCAUCACCUCCUUGGUGGGAAUUAGCCUCACGUUGUCUUCCUCCCCUUGAAGAAAUGACCAGAACUUCUUGACUGCCUCAAGCUUGAUGUUGUAACGUCUCAUCCUUCUUCGUGCCGCAGCCGCAUAAUCAUCCGUACUUUCUUCGGAAUCACUUGCGUAGGCCACCUCAUCCUCGCUCUCCCAGAGCUCGUAAAAUGUGUCGUCAUCUAUUUUGUGUAGGACACCCUACACAAAAUAUAAACGCUUCACCUCCAAACGGGGGAAAACCAGCCUGUGAAGGCUAACCAUGUGUCGCAAGACACUAACAGUUUUUAAACAAUUCUUAAAAUAAAGCAGACCCAAAAUGGAAAACCUGCAACAAAACCAACGGCAAUUCAGCAAUAAACUUCAGAUAAUAACAGACGCAACACGGAAGCGAACACACAACACUGGACUAUCAUCACCAUCACCACUGGGUGAUACGAAGUAGUAUCAGAGUAAGGGUAGGAGGAGAAUAAAUAAUAUUACUUUUUUAGGAAGGCCAAGAGCAUUCCUGUUUCCCCUCCGAAUAAACCAGCUGUUACUGAAUAAUUACGUAUCGCAACCAUCUUCCUAUUAGUGUCUCCUCUUUUGAGCGAUACAACAAUGAGAGAAUGUAUCAGCCUUCACGUUGGACAAGCUGGAGUCCAAAUUGGCAACGCUUGUUGGGAGCUCUAUUGUCUUGAACAUGGUAUCCAGCCAAAUGGUCAGGUAUCAUUUGAAGAGACUUCUGCUGCUAAUAAUUCGUCUAGCACGUUCUUUUAUGAGUUAGGCUCUGGGAAACGUGUCCCCAGAGCCAUAUUUAUUGACUUAGAACCCUCAGUUGUUGAUCAAGUACGCGCUGGAAAAUACAGCCGAGAUCUUCACAUCAGAAGGACCGUUGACCUCUAUGACGGUACAUACUUCUCCUUGUCUGUCCCAAACAAUAAUAUCGGGCCCGUUAUGUUUGUAAUUGAUGGGAGUAUUCCACCAGUAUUCCAUGUGUUGACGUUUGCAAAACAGGAUCUGGAAGCUAUCAUUUUCUGCGUGAUAGCUGUCUGUAAUAAAAUGAAAGUAAGAUAA